UCAUUAUCAUAUUAUUCGUUUCGAUUGUGAACAACAUUGACAUGGUGACUACUCGAAGCUCCAAGAGAACAUGGAAUGAUAUCCAUAGUACUGAAACCAAACAGAAGCAGCUGACAGCAUAUGUGAAAUCGAUCAAACGUCCUCGUGUCGCGACUAAGAAAGAAAACAAUCCUCAUUGCCUCAAUCAAGUGAAGUUAUCAGAAAGCUUAUUAGCAGCUUCUCAAUAUUUUUCAUUAUCCUAUGAACCUAGUCGAUGUCAAGUGAUUGGUAGAGAACAAACCAUUUCUAUUAUCUCUGAAAAGCUGAAAAAGUGGUCGAAUAAUCAAGACACUAUGAGUUUAUAUUUAUGUGGUAGUCCUGGGACUGGAAAAUCGUUGUGUGUCAAAGCUGCAUUAGAAAUGAUUGCAGCGGAUAAUAACAACAACGGACUCCAAGAUAUCCAUCCAAUUUACAUCAAUUGUGCUACUAUCUCGGAUCCAAAAACUAUCUAUUCGGUGAUUACUUCUCAACUGGAGGAAAGUGUAAGAUUGUACUCCAGUGAUACGAAAACCAAUUGGAUAAGGGCAAUAGAAAAUAUCCAGGCAAAACAACACAUUCUCCUCAUAUUGGAAGAACUAGAUUUCUUAGUAACCAGAGAUAUGUCUGUUUUAUGUUCAUUAUUGGAGUCUCCCUAUUCGUUAUCAAAAGUGGGUAUCUUGGCAACUGCCAAUUCGGUGGACCUUCCAGAAAGAGCUGCAUCGUGCUUAAAAUUAUACUCUGCUCAACCAGUAACCAUGCCAUUGAGUCCUUAUGGCUAUGAAGAAAUUGAAAGUAUUCUUUAUCAGCGUUUGUGUUUGGCAAAGGCAAGUUAUCCUUGUCUAGAAAAGAUUCCUGUAUCACAUUUCACGGACGCAUUUCAAUUGGUUGCAAAAAAGAUUGCUACGAGUUGUGGAGAUAUUCGUCUUGCGUUGGACGUGAUAAGAACCCUUUUAUUGUCAGCAGCAAAGAGAAUACCUGCUGAAUAUCAUGGCGAGGAUUCUUUCUUAUUACAAGAUGCUGCAAAGAUCUUGGAAGAAAAAGGUGGCUUAACCUCUAUGAAAAAUAGAAUUGGGAACCUCCCUUUUCAACAACAGUUGGCAGUUUUAGCUUGUCUUCUUCUCAGCCAGAGAAAGUCAUUAUUUACUCUCAAUGAAUUGUAUUCUCAACUAACACAGCUCAAUGGUCAGCUUGAACUACCUUGUAUUUCCUUUUCGCAGUUUGUUGACAUCUGCGAAACAUCUUUGAGCGACCAUGGAAUCAUUCAACUCGAAGGGAGAAAAAUAGAUAAACGACGAGUACGUUGUAGCUUACUCACUUGUGCAAAUGAAGUAAAGGCUGCCCUCGAACCCUUUACUGUAUACGCUUCCUGGUUGUAAAUAAAUAGAAACCUUUUUUGAGUUUGUAAAGUUAGAAAUUUGGGUAGGGAUGCUGUCGACACAAAAAUAAAGUGAAAAUUGAACAU